GAGUCAGAGAGCUUCAGCCAUGGAGCGAGACCGUCACGUGCGAAACCGGUGCACUCCGUAAAGACCGCUUAAUCGUCAUUAUCUAAACUAUCACUGCUGUUAUUAUCACUAAUAUCGUUAUUAAUAUCUCGUAGACGGGACCACCGUGUCAGGAUGGGCUGAGCUCACGCGCGCGCCCUGGAUUACCCUCAUCAUUUCUGUGACUGCGAAUGUCACGAGACUGAUCGACCGUGACAGGAUGGGCUGCUGCGCGUGCUGAGCCCUAAUCAAAGCUUGGAGGAAGGACCGGCUUGUGGAGAGUAAAUAAAGUGUGAUCGCAUGGCUGAGAGCGCGGCAGCAGGCGCGAGCGCACCCGGACCGGCCAGCAAGUGCUGGACUCGCGCCGCAGGUGAGGUGGCGCGCGUGUGGUCGCACCUGGCCCGCACGCUCGUGCUCGUGUUCCCGGUGUACGCGCUCGGGUACCUGGAGCUGAGCGCGUGCUGGCUGCUGCUGGGGCUCGCGCUGCUCUUCAUGUGGAGGAGGAGGAGAGCGCGCAGGAGCGAGAGAGCGCGGCGCGAGGCGGAGGGCGGAGAGCGCGCGGAGGAGCACUGCGAGCUGCCCGCCUGGGUUCACUUCCCAGAUGUGGAGAGGGUGGAGUGGUUAAACAAGACGGUGAAGCAGAUGUGGCCGUAUGUGUGCCAGUUUGUGGAGAAGCUCUUUAGGGAGACCAUCGAGCCGGCGGUGAAAGGAGUCAACUCCCACCUCAGCACCUUCACCUUCACUAAGAUAGAUCUGGGGGAUAAGCCUCUCAGGGUCAACGGUGUGAAAGUUUACACCGAGAAUGUGGACAAACGGCAGAUCAUAAUGGACCUCCAGAUCAGUUUCGUUGCAAAUACAGAGAUUGAUGUGGACAUAAAGAGAUACUACUGCAAGGCUGGGAUUAAGAGUAUACAGCUCCACGGGGUCUUGCGGGUGGUCCUGGAGCCGCUGCUGGGUGAGAUGCCGCUGGUUGGUGCUUUCUCCCUCUUCUUCCUCAAGAAGCCGCUCGUGGACAUCAGCUGGACUGGCCUGACUAACAUUUUGGAUAUUCCUGGCCUGAAUGGUUUCUCGGACAACCUGAUCCAGGACAUCAUCUACAGCUACCUGGUGCUGCCCAACAGAAUCACUAUACCACUGGUGGGCGACGUGGAGCUCUCACAGCUCCGCUUCCCCAUGCCUAAGGGCGUAUUGAGGAUUCACUUUCUCGAGGCUCAGGAUCUGGAGGGGAAGGAUAAGUUCCUCGGCGGUCUGAUUAAAGGAAAAUCUGACCCAUACGGAGUCCUGCAUGUGGCCAACCAGCUCUUCCAGAGCAAAACCAUCAAGGAAUGUCUGAACCCAAAGUGGAACGAGGUGUUUGAGGCAAUGGUGUAUGAGCAUCCUGGACAGCAUCUGGAGAUCGAGCUGUUUGAUGAAGAUCCAGACAAAGACGACUUCUUGGGCAGUCUGAUGAUUGACCUGACAGAGCUUCAUAAGGAGCUGAAGGUUGACGAGUGGUUUGAUCUGGAGGAGGUCUCCAGUGGGAAGCUGCAUCUGAGGCUGGAGUGGCUCUCUCUGCACUCAGACGCUGAGAAACUAGAUCAGGCUCUGAGGAGUAUGAGGAAUAAUGACAGUCUGUCUUCUGCUCUGCUGGUUGUUCAUCUGGACUCAGCCCGGAAUCUCCCGAGCGAGCAGCUUGAGUUUAACGCCGACGCUCCGAAACACCCGUACAGAGGUUUACUGAAGUCUGGGAGGAAAGUGAACAGUGAUCCGAGUCCAUACGUUCAGUUAACGGUGGGACAGAAGACCUACGAGAGCAAGGUGCGGUAUAAGACGUGUGAGCCGCUGUGGGAGGAAGCGUUUUCAUUCCUGGUUCAUAACCCCCGCACUCAGGAACUGCAGGUGGAGGUGAGGGAUGAUAAACACAAGUGCAUGCUGGGUAGCGUGCGAGUGCCGCUGGCAGGUCUCCUAGCGGACGAGGAAAUGACUCUGACUCAGCAGUUUCCCCUCUGCAACUCCGGCCCCAGCAGCAGCCUCAAACUGAAGCUGGCACUCAGGAUUCUUUGCCUUGAAAAGGAGACCGCCUCCGGCCGGCCCUCUGCGGUCCAAAUCCGACGCGCCAGCCAGUGCGUCUCCAGUGCGACCGCCCCGCCUCAAUCCAGCACAGCAAACUCCGCCUCCACAACCACCACUCGCUCACACUCUGUACAAACACGCACACAUACACCUCCCUCAGCCUCCGGCACCCCUUCCCCAGCUGCACCCCUCGGCGCCCCCCAGGGGCAGAGGGGCUCAGAGGGGUCUCCGGUGCGCCUGGCCCAGGCCGGUCGCAGCACCUCCAGUUCGGGUCUGAGCUGCCUGACGAGACAGCAGCAGAACCACAGAGACUCCAUGCACAGCCUGGCCUCAGACACAUCUCUACCCUCAGCAACGCUGGAGCUGCAGAACAGACUCACGCAGCUGCAGAAUGGUUCAGCUUCUGCGCAGUAUCCUCUCGGUGAAGUGCAGCUGACCAUCAGACACAGCUCUCACCGGAACAAACUCAUCGUGGUGGUCCACGCCUGCCGCAACCUCAUAGCUCUGGGGAAGGACAGCUCGGACCCCUACAUCCGCCUCUACCUGCUACCAGACAAGAGCCGGAGCGGACGCAGGAAAACCAGCACCAUGAGGAAAACCCUCAACCCCAUCUACGACCAGUCGUUUGAGUUUAUUGUGUCGGUGGUUGAGCUGCACAGGAGGACUCUGGAUGUAGCUGUGAAGAAUGGAGGUGGACUUCUGUCCAAACACAAAGGACUGCUGGGCAAAGUUCUUGUGGACUUGACAAAUGAGGACAUUUCUAGAGGAUGGACACAAUGGUACGAUCUGAACGCGAGUGGACCCUGAAGGACAGUUUGAAUGUGGCUGAUGGUGUUUUAAUGCGGAGAAACACUAACGAGUGGACCAGAGAAGAGCUGUUCUGCAGAAGCAGGUCAACGCUAAUGAAACCAGGCUGCUUCUACUGGGACUAGCACAUUCGCAGACACUGAAUUUCCCACUGUUAAAGGGGAACUCCACUGAAUUUCCAAAAUAUCUGCAUAAUCAAGUGGUUAAUAUGUAAACAGAGUCGUUCAGAGUGGUUUGGGCUGAAAUGCUCU